UAACCAUGUUUGAUGAGUUCCAAAUCCCUCUAACAAUAGGUUUUGGGCCCAGUUUAUUGCUCCCUAUGUGAUCGUGUCGUAUUGUGUAAAUCUUCUCGAAGAUGUUGGAAUGCCGCAGCGUGCGAAACGUGUGUGCGUGCUGCGUGAAACCUUGCCUUGUGGAACGCGAUUGAAGAAGGCUUCUAUAAAAACUCUAAGAAUGUGAAUGUUCAAACAUUUAGUACUCCGUGAUUGCGACUGUGACUGAUUCUUGACGAGAUUUUGAUUGGGUCGGACGGUAAACGCGAAUUUGAAUGUGAUUGUGCCUAUUGCUAACGACAACCGGAUUGACCAAGAUGGCCGAAGACAGUGACUACAAAAGCAAUAUCCCACGCUUAUCUCACAAGAACUACUUCUCAUGGAAACUUCGAGCAAAAGCUGAUUUGAUCCAGAUCAACUCAUGGAAUGCCAUAGACCCCGGUUUUGGUGAAGGCGUUGAAUUUGCCGAUCUUAAUGUUGAUGAAAAGCGACUAAAUCGCAAGGCCAUCGCUUAUCUUUACAAAAAUGUGAGUGAUAGCUAUUUGGGCGAUAUUGCUGACUGCAUCCUAGCUAAAGAUGCUUGGGAUACGCUUGCUGAAAUCCAUACCAGAGUAAGCUUCUUACAAGGUCUACGCAACCUCAAAUCUCUUUUCACCAUGUCGUUAG